CGCCCCCCCAAAAAAGCCGUGCCGGCCAUGGGCUCCUCGGAGCGGGGGGGCUCCGCUUUGUGCAGCCCCCCGCUGCCCGCAGCCUGCUGCAGCCGGGGCUCCUGGCAGGGGGGGGGCUGCGGGGCCGCUCCCCGGGGGGGGGGCUGCCUCUUCGCCACCCCCCAGAGCCCCCACCUCAGGACCCUCCGAUCGGCCUCGGCGGGACGGCUGCCGGCCAAGAGGAAACUGGACCUGGAGGGCCUCGACUUCCGCACGCCCAAGGGGAAGGGCAGGGCGCUGGUGCAGGUCCCCAGCCCCAGGACCCCCAAAUCCCCCGGGGAGAAGACGCGCUACGACACCUCGCUGGGGCUGCUCACCAAGAAGUUCAUCCACCUGCUGAGCGAGUCGGCCGACGGCGUGCUGGACCUCAACCGCGCCGCCGAGGUGCUGGGGGUGCAGAAGCGGCGCAUCUACGACAUCACCAACGUGCUGGAGGGCAUCCAGCUCAUCCGCAAGAAGUCCAAGAACAACAUCCAGUGGAUGGGGACGGGGAUCUUCGAGGAUGCGGCGGUGGCGGCCAAGCAGCAGGCGCUGCGCGGGGAGCUGGCCGAGCUGGCCAAGGCGGAGCGGGCGCUGGAGCAGCUCCUGCAGGACUGCGCCCUGCAGCUCCGGCAGCUGACGGACCACGAGGACAACCAGAGAUAUCCUUGCCUGGGGAGAUGCGUGGCCACGGGGGGCUGGGGGACCCCUCCGAGUCCCUUUUUCUCCCUUUCGCUUCCCUGCGGGGCUGUCCCGUGUGUCCAGGGGGGGUUCUCGGAGGUCGAUACCUGGUGGCAGCGCUGUGGGAUGGGGAACUGGGGCCGUCCCGCUCUUGGUCCUGCUUUUUCCUAUACCUCGUCCUUGCCCACGCUGGCGUACGUCACCUACCAGGACCUCCGCACCAUCAGCAACUUCCAGGAGCAGACGGUGAUCGCCGUGAAGGCUCCCCCCGAGACGAGGCUGGAGGUGCCGGACAUCAGCGAGGACAACCUGCAGCUCCACCUGAAGAGCACCAACGGCCCCAUCGAGGUGUACCUGUGCCCGGAGGAGAUCACAGACGACAGCCCCACCAAGCAGCACGGCGUCCCCUCUGCUGCCACUCCCCCCCCGCAGGACAGCAGCACCCACCCCUCCCUACAAAACAACCCCGAGCCCCCCAGCACAUCCCCGCAGCCCCUCCACGGGCACCGUGCCCCGUCCUUGUCCCCAUCCCUGCCCCUCUCCAGCCCGGGGGGGCCCGGCUCCCUGCUGGAGGUGGGGACGGGGCUGCUGGGCUCCCCCCAGCACCUCCUGCAGCAGACGGAGGACCAGCUGCCCUGUGCCCCCUCCUACCUGGACUCGGCCCCCUUUGUCACCUUCUCGCCCCCCCUGGAGCAGGACGACUACCUCUGGGGGCUGGAGGACGGCAAGGGCAUCAGCGACCUCUUCGAGGCGUAUGACCUGGGGGAACUGCUGAAGAACUGAGCCUCUGCUCCCCGAUGCCACCCCCCUUGCCUGCUGUCCCCCCCACCCCCGUGCCUGUCCCCCAGGUGGGUGGGAUGGAGAGCGCAGCGCCCUGGGUGGCUUUGCCUCGGUCGUUGGUUGUCACCUGGGGGGGUUUGGGGGUGCCAGAACUGGUGCUCCCCUCCAUCACCCCCACGGCCUCGAGGGCUGCUGGCAGACCUGGGGGGGCCUUUGGGUGCAUGGCACGGGGUCAGGGGCACCCCAGCCCCCCGGGCGGCGCAGAAACGCUGCCCAGAAGGGGCUUUGCUGUGUGUGGGGUCGCGUUUUGGGGCCGCUCCGGUUGCUCCCCAGUCCAACUGGUGCUUCGCGGUGGUGGCCGCUUGUUUGGAUGGUGCGGGGCAUGGCACAGCGCAGCUCUCCUGGGGUAUGAGCUGAUGGAUGGAACGCCACCGAGGUGGUGCUUCCCCCCGCCCAGUAGCUGAAAUAUCCUUAAAAAAAAUUAGCAUAGAUGAAAUCACCUUUUUGUUAAAGAGGGGAGGAUGCCGAACCUCUUAAAACAGCCGCGGGCAAACCGCUUGCAGGGCGCAGAGCAUCCCCUCCUGCCUGUGCUCCCUGAGAGCUGUUGGUGCUGGGGGGGGGGGGGGGGGGCUGAACUGGAGCUUAAUGGGCAGGAGGUGGUGGUGACUGGGGCAGGGGGGAGCCGGGAGCAGGGCGGGGGGGUUGGCGGUGCGGCUGUGCCAGCAGCAGAGCCGGGUGCGCUGCGUACCCCUUGGUCCUUCCCAGCUGCGCCUCACACAGAGAAACCCAAGCUUUUCCCUAAUAUUACUGCUUUCCCCUUCCUCGCUGGGGGGCGCGGAGGCUCGGCCCCCUCUCCCCAUGCUGGGAUCAACCUGGAGCCGGUUCCCUGCGCUGAUUUUUCCCCUGGGUGCCGGGCACUGGGGCUGGAUGCGGCCGCUCAGCUUUGGGCUCUGCACGGCCUCAUCCCGCAGCAAGGAUGUGUCGGGGGGGAAAAUCCUGCCCCGGCCCCAUCCCUCCCCUUGGGAAUUUCGGGCAGAGUUCCUCCCUCCAGGCUUUUCCUCCUGCCCUUGUAAAUUGUACCUUAAUUAUUGCACUGUAUUUAUACGGGACCCACCUUCGGCACGGCGCUGUCGAGGGUUUCUUUGGCGUUUUGGGUUUUUAAGCGAGUGUAUUUAAGUCGUCCUUCCUCGAGUUUGCUCUCCUGCAGUUUGGCUUGGACGUGGUGUGGGUGAGGAUGUGUUUUGUCGUGAAAAACUCGUGGCACUUGGUGUUUUUUGCUCGCGAGGGGAUGAAAUGAAAUAAAACUUCUGAGUCAG